GCCAGUUGACACCCAUGACAUUUCCCCCCCAAAGCUAAAAUGUAAACAAUAAAAACUUCUGAUUUCCUGCCCAAAAUUUCCCAGCAAGAUGCUACCAAAAUGUUCUCAGUGCGAUCGAACAUCGUCAGUGAUGUGGUGGAGUGUAUCCAACGGUGAAAUCUGCAAUGAAUGCAACGAGUUGAAAAAGAAUGGAGAUCAGGAUGAAAAUGGAUCGCAAUGCGAAGAAAAAAGUAUCCGAAAGAGUACAAGGAUUACCCGGAUGAGAAUAAAAUACAAUGCUGGAAUUAUUCGUGGAAUUCCCAAAGGCAAGAGCAGGAGGAAUAUAUUCAAAAAAGCCCCUCCUGCAAAAACUCCAACCAUCACAGCAACCACCAGCACAGUUGAGAGCUUAUUCUUCGGGAAUAAGUACUACCAGGUCGGAGAUAUUGUAUCCCUUGUGGACAACAAGUACAACACGUACUAUGCACAGAUCCGUGGCCUCCUUCAAGACAGUUUCUGUGAAAAAUCUGCUGUUAUCACCUGGCUCAUUCCAACCACUGACAGUCCUCCUCCCAAUGAAGCCUUCGAUCCAGCCACCUACCUGAUAGGUCCUGACGAAGAUUUUCCCAGGAAACUUUCUGCCCUGCAGUUUGUCAUGCACGCCCCCAAUGACUACUACAAACAAGACUGCCCCUACCCAAAGCCCUACACUCUGGAUGCAACGGAAUGCGAUACAAAUUCAUAUAUUUGGUCGAGACUUUGAGCCUCUCUAUAGAUUUUACAGUACCCCCGAAAUACUUCCGGAAGAGUACUUUUGGUACAAAUAUUGUACUUAGGAAUUAAGUAGAUCACAGAUAGAGGCCAAUAUCAAGUUUCCUGGAGAUUGUUGUAAGGCACUCGGGGAAGUCCCUUCUCGAGGACAUAGGCUAUCCUGAAAGUAUUCAAUAAAACAGUUCAGAAAAAAAUAUUCUCUGUUUU